GAGAGUAUAUUGCUCCAGAGAAGAUCCAGAAUGUAUAUUUAUGCAGUCCAUUUGUUGCGCAGGCCUUUGUUAUUGGAAACAGCUUUAAGUCCUUCUUAGUUGCCAUCAUUGUACCAGAUGCUGAAGUGAUAGAAGCCUGGGCCAAAAAAAAUGAAGUGGAGGGAGACGUGAAACAGCUUUGUCAAGAUGAGAUUAUAAAUAAAGUUAUAUUGGAAGACAUCUUGGCCAAAGGAAGAGAAGGAGAUCUUAAUUCAUUAGAACAGGUCAAGAAAAUCUAUCUUCAUCCUGAGAUGUUUAGCAUUGAAAACGGACUUCUCACGCCAACCUUCAAGGCCAAGCGUUCAGAGAUACUCAAGACUUUCAAAGACCAAAUCGAGCGGCUUUACGAAGAGGUGGAGACUGAGAAUUAACCAGACACAGGCAUGAUAAAGCCAUCAUGAGCGACCCCAUCCUUCGCUUCUCGCGAAGGAACGGGAAAUGAGACAAAGUCCAAGCAAUAAUUGAUUAAGACAUAUUAAGACACGGCACAAGGACUUUAUAUCCACUAUCAAUGACCUUAAAAAUAGUCACAAUUAUGCUGGUUUAAAAAAGUUAGUCUACAUAAUAACGCCUGAAAAAGCAGUGAAUGAAAUAUUCAUCAUUGUAAAAAGUAAUUUUGCAUUAAUUUUAGUGAAUGAUGACAACACGUUACACUACCCCUCCCCCCCCCUCCGUCCCGCUCUUCUCUAAAUGUUUUAGGUUAUAUCAGCCCGCGUAACAAGCGUCAACAAAAAUGUAAUUAACACGCGUGCAUGAAAGCAGGCGCACGAGGAGAAAGCUCCAUUAGGUUCGCACAUCCGGGAAGUUUUGUUUGCAAGUUCUGGUCGCGCCCGAUUACUCCUUACGACUUUUAUGUACAACAUGACUAAAUGAGAACAUCCCACAUUACUCUCUUCCUUAACUUUAAGCAAGAUUACCGCAUACUAUGUUAUUAUGCUUCAAGUUCUUGACAAAAUAAAACAAUGCCGAAAACAAUACAGUUAGUUAGUAUGGCUUUGUUUUCAAAUAGUAUGUGGUGAUACGGAAAUCUUUCCCAAUUAGGGUAGCUUGCCAAAAUAUUUCCCUAAGCCUCUGUGUUCUACAUUGCACUCGAACUCGAACUCGCGGAAUUAUUCAGACUCACUUAUUUAAUUUCAGUUUAUCACUAUUAGGAAUCGAUCAAUGUCUAUUUCUCAAAAAGAGAACUCUGCAGUAUUUAUCAAACUUUUAAGCAGUUAAAUGGCUGCUAUUUAACCAACAACGACGAGAUUU